AUGGCACACCACCGGCCGGAAGCCUACAUCGGCGCGGCAGAACGAGCGAGCCAGGUGGUUACCCUCGACUUGUCGAAACCUCCCUCGGCACCCAGCGUCGUUCCGGCGCCCGGUUUGACAAUGGGGAACAAGAAGAAGUUUGUGGUUAGCCGCAAAGCUCUAUCCCCGGUAAAAACUACGUCCCCACGACGACCCCAUAAUCAAGAAGUUUAGAAAUCUGCAACACAAUAAAUUCAGAAGUUUUGGGCAUCUCGCAUGACAAGUUCCGCUCUACUGCAUAGUGCGUGCAACUGAACAAGGGUAAGUAGGCCUAGCACGACCGUCACAAAUCUGUCUCCUUAAUAUCGUGUGAUGUACAACAGCAUUACGAAUGCCAAAGUACAACUGAAAAUCAUGCCUCUCAUGAGGACAACGACAAGCGCUCUUGCAAUUGCGAAUCUGCAUUGCAGCUCUGGGAGGUGGGUGUGGGCUCCGUUUUUUUUCCGGAUAAGCACUCGAGGAGGAGAUGCGGGCUGUGCAGUGGGCGGCCUCGCCACGGGAGGAGGAGUUGGAGCUUAUCAAAAGGAAAGAUUCCGCCCCCUCCACAUAUCAAAAGGAAGUUUCUGAUGCUGGAUUUGCGUUGUACGCAAAUCUGCUCUGUCUUGCAGAAAGAGCUUGGCGGCAUUCGCAUUGUUCAUGCCUGUUUGGGUAUAAUAAUAAUGCAGAUGAUGGUGCCUGAAUAAAGAGUUCUCCGUUUGAUGAAAACCCUAUAUGCAUCAGGAAGAACUACUGGACCUUCCGUGGAUGGUGCGUGGGGGCGCUUUUCAUUGUAAUACAACUCGCCAUGGUGGGCGCAGGGGCGGGCCCGCACGCGGAGGGGGAGGCCGCUUUCUGGGAGGAGGAUGCGGGAGAGGACUACGGCGUUUCUCGGCCGGGCCGGACGACCGAGCCGCGGGGCGGGAGGAAAAGCAGUCGGACGAAGAAAAACAAAGGCCGCCGGGGCUCCGCUCUUAAAGCACAGUCUCGGGAGCACGCCGCAGCGACAUAUCAUGGGGACGAGCAGGAAGACUUCUAUUGGGCCGCUGCAGAAGUAAGCGGGGCCACAUUAUGCAGUGCAAAUAUUGUCGAAAAUAAAGUCUCCCGGAAAUAAAGUGCAAGGUCGAUGUCAUGCUCGGCUAGCUUGACUCUCAACUCAGCGAUCAGUCAUGCGCAUUACUUACCUCAAGGCCGCAUUUUCCUGUCAUGCAGAACAGCCAACACCCAGCAACUCAGAGAUGUUUUGGUCAUGUUGGGUCGCCAAUUGCCGUAUGAUCCUCGUGAUUCGCCAACCCGCAUCACAAGUUUCCAGGCCCAGACUUCUUUGCAAUGGAUACACGGACUCCCAGUACCAGGACUGGGGAGACGAGGUGGAGGGUUGGGGAUAUUAUAGUGAAAAAUGCCCCCCACCCCUGAAAUUGUAGAAAUUUGUGAUGCGAAGUUUCCAAAUGAAAUUCUUUUGUCAUGCAUGAAAGGAGUAUGAAUCUUUCUGAUGCAGAGUCUAGGCGUAUAUCGCAUCGCUUGCAUGACAAGCGCCGCUCUUGCUGGGGUCUUUUGCAAUACAAAUUUUUGCAAUUCACGAUGGGAAACCUGUCAUGCUGAUAGAUGCAAGAGGGCGAAUGUUUCAUUUGGAAAGGUUUGCAAUACAAAUGUUCCCAACUUCGGGGGUGGGGGCAUUUUUCAUUGUGAUAGGGGAGGCCCCUUAUCCUGAGUAAAAACGUCUCCACUUCUUCCGCGCAUAGUCACGAUGGUGACCUUGCUUUACUUAAAUCAACAAGGUUUGGCCGUUGCGCAUAACAAUAAAUUUUUGCGGCGAGGAGGAGCAAAUUUACUCGUAUUCAGGUAGAAGUGCAGCCGCAUCAGAACAAAGCGAUCACCUUUGAUUUCCCAGUGAUUUCAGCAUGACAAGAACCUCCCAGAUCAUAGCAUUUGAAAAAAGUGCUCCUUAUGGAGCUGCGCCUGAGAAGCGUCUUACUAGGUCUGCAGAUUUGCAUGACAAGUAAGGGGGAGGUAGGAACGUUUUUCUUUUUGCUUGGGACACCUUUCGCCGGGGACCUACGUCGCUUCGAAAACCAUUCGUGGCGCUUCUGGUAGGACGCCGAGGGAGAAAAUGCCGUCCGCGCGGGGGCAGAAAAAGGAAAAGCCUCGCAAGCAGGGGGCCUCUUCUCGGGUGUGA